AUGCAGUUGAGCAAUGAUGGCUCAGGAGAAGAUGAUGAUGGGUUAGAAGAUGAUACAAAAGUAUUAACUGUGUUUUUGCUGAAUUUUAUUUUUUGUGCUAUUUGUUGGGGAAUGAUCCAAGGAGUUAUGGCUCUUACUAAGCUAAUAUUGAUUUUUUCGUUGUAUUAGGAUGAUUUUGUUAAUAUAAAGCUUACAAAUUUUAUUUUUCCUUUUGAUUGUCUUAUUUUUUAUUUAUAGAGUUAGCAAAAAAAUGAAUAGCGAAUUGAACUUGCUAACUCCCCACCACCCAUAAGUAAACAAAAAAUUUUGUUCGCUCGCUAACUCCCCCCCCUCGAAGUUCGACCAAGAUAUAGGGAAAAUUCCUAUUUUUUUGGAAAAUUAACCCCCCUCAAAGCUCGACCAAGACCUAUAUAAAUUUACUAGGAAAAUAAGCAAUUUUUCAAAAAUUUUAAACUAUGUGGGGAUGAGCUUGCGAUUUUUGUAUUCAAGUUCUAAAAAAGCGUUACAAAACCAUCUUGCACUAUUUUUUCUAACCCUUACACCCUCUCAACCAUACAGAAGAAUAUGAUAAAUUUUUUUUUUUUAACUACUAAAUUAUAUAAAAAAAAUUCUAUAUAAUUUUUUUUAAAAAAAUUUUUCUUUACCCCCUCGAAGUUCGACCAAAAAAAUCUUGGUCGAACUUCGAGGGGGGGGGAGUAAGGGGUUUAGUUUUUUUUGAAAUUUUUAUUUAGUUUUAAAAUUCAAGUUUUUUAAAAUUUAACACAACUAGAGAUUCAUUAUACUAAUUAUCACUAAUAUAUCAAAAUAGUAUUUAUUAAAAAUUUUUUUGCUCAUGGAGAGUGGUUUUUUCCCUGGAUUUUUCAAUGGAUAUGCUCGCUCAUGGAGAGGGAGUAAGGAAGAAUUAUAAACAGUAUCAAGGAUAUAUGAAAUUCAGAGAAUUCAGAAAAGCUUAUGCAGAUGAGCAAAGGAAAAGAGAAAGUGAAAAUAAUUAA